AUGUUUUUGCUCUGCCCAUGUUUUGUUCUAAUCUCCCUUACCCUUUUCCAAGCUUCUUCACCAGCCUCAUUACCUCAAUCAGCAAUUGCUCUUCUAAAGUACAAAGAUAGUCUUCCAUUACAUUCUCAAAAGCUCUUGCCAUGGAACCAAUCAAACUCAUCUUCCUCUCCUUGCCAAUGGCCUGGAGUUUCUUGCUAUCCCAACAGAAGUUUUGUGGUUAAGUCCUUAAACCUGUCAGGAUAUGGUCUUUCUGAUAUCUUGAAAAACUCCAUUUCCUAUCUCUGCCUCCAUAAACAUCUGGUCUUACUUGAUCUUAGUGGCAACCAGUUCACUGGUGUUAUUCCUCUGCUUCUUGGGAACUGUGGCCAACUCAAUACUAUUCUUCUCAAUGACAAUGGCUUACAAGGUUCAAUCCCUGCUGAGAUUUUCAAAUCAAGGCAGCUUUUGCAGCUGGACUUGGGCUAUAAUUCUCUUUCUGGUAGUAUUCCUCCAGAGGUAAGCUUCUGCAUCGACCUUGAGUACCUUGGGUUGUAUAAUAAUUAUUUGAGUGGAGCGGUUCCAAGUGAAAUAUUUUCUCUACCAAAGUUGAAGAUUCUGUAUCUGAACACAAAUAACCUAACUGGGUUGUUACCAGAUUUCUUGCCUUCCUGUGCAAUCUCUGAUCUUUGGAUUCAUGAGAAUGCAUUUUCUGGAUCUUUGCCUCUUACUCUCAGUAAUUGCCAAAACCUUACUGUGUUUAUGGCUUCUCAAAACAAUUUUGAAGGAGUCGUUGCACCAGAGAUUUUCAAGGGUCUUUUGCAACUUGAAGCCCUUCAUCUUGAUGAAAAUAAACUUGAAGGGGAAAUUCCAGAAACUUUGUGGGGUCUUGAAAAUUUACAAGAGCUUGUUCUUUCAGGGAACAAGCUGAAUGGCACAAUAUCUGAGAGGAUUUCUCAAUGCCAUCAGCUUAUAUUCGUUGUCCUUUCUGGUAAUAAUUUUGUUGGUCAUAUUCCUAGACCAGUAGGAACUCUCCAACAUCUGACCAAUCUACUUCUCUCUGACAAUAAGCUUGAUGGCUCAUUGCCUGCUGAGCUUGGAAAUUGCAGUUCACUUGUUGAACUUAGGCUUCAGAAUAACCUUAUAGGAGGGAACAUUCCUCCUGAAAUUUGUAAUCUUGAGAAUCUUGAGGUUCUUUUCUUGUCCAGUAAUGCUAUCGAAGGCCACGUUCCAAGGCAGAUAGGGAGACUGAGAAACCUUAAAAUAUUAGCUCUGUAUAGCAAUAAUUUGACUGGUAGAAUCCCAUCUGAAAUCAAUAAUUUUACAAAACUCACCUAUCUUUCAUUUGCUCAUAAUAACCUUACUGGUGAGGUACCGUCUGAGCUUGGGAAAUAUUCUCCAGAUCUCGAUAGACUUGACCUAACCGCGAACCACCUUUAUGGACCAAUUCCUCCUAAUAUAUGCGAUGGCAAUAAUCUGAGAGUUUUGACCCUUGGGGAAAAUAGGUUUAAUGGGAGCUUUCCGGUUGAGAUUGGGAAGUGCUUGUCUCUUAGGAGGGUGAUCCUUAGUAACAAUCAUCUAGAGGGGAGUAUACCGGCCGAUUUGGAGAGGAACUCUGGGAUUUCUUACUUAGAAGUUAGAGGAAACUUGCUUGAAGGAAAAAUACCUGUAGUUUUUGGUCUUUGGAGCAAUCUAUCGAUGAUAGAUUUUUCAGGAAACAAACUCUCUGGCUCUAUACCUCCUGAGCUCGGAAAGCUUGCAAAUCUUCAAGUCUUAAGACUUUCUUCUAAUCGUCUAACAGGAAGCAUUCCUUCUGAUCUGAGCCACUGCAGAAAGUUAAUUAAGCUGGACUUGAGUAAGAAUCAGUUUUCAGGAAAAAUUCCUCCAGAGGUCACUUCAUUGGAAAAAUUAGAAAGCCUUCACCUUCAAGAGAACAAACUUAGUGGAGUUAUUCCUGACUCCUUUUCUCCUCUUCAAGGUCUCUUUGAAUUGCAGCUUGGUAGUAACAUGCUUGAAGGUCCUAUUCCUUGCAGUUUGAGUAAGCUUAACCAUUUCAGUUCAGUUCUUAAUUUGAGCUAUAACAAGCUCUCUGGCAAAAUCCCGUGGUGCCUUGGGAAUCUAGACAAGUUACAGAUUCUUGAUCUCUCAAGCAACAGCUUCUCUGGGGAGUUGCCGAAAGAACUAAACAACAUGAUCUCCCUUUACUUUGUCAACAUAUCAUUCAAUCAACUCUCUGGCAAGCUCCCAACUUCUUGGAUGAGAAUAACGGCUUCAUAUCCAGGAUCAUUUCUCGGAAAUCCAGAGCUUUGUUUGCUAGGUAAUGAAGCAAGAUACUGUGGAGAUGUUAGAGGUGCUCAUAGAAGGAAGCAUGACCGGCAUGUGCUGGCUGGUGUCAUUAUAGGCGUGAUGAUCUCUGUGGCAUUGCUUUGUUCUGCUGUUUACAUUAUAGUGGUGCGAGUCCUUCAACAUAAGUAUCACCGCGAUCAAUCACUUCUUCGUGAGUGUCGAUCGCAGACUGAAGAUUUGCCAGAAGAUUUACAGUUUGAAGACAUAAUGCGUGCUACAGAAGACUGGAGUGAGAAAUAUGUAAUUGGGAGAGGCAAGCAUGGAACAGUUUACAGGACAGAAUCUGCAAACUCCAGAAAGCAUUGGGCUGUCAAGAAGGUGAGUUUGUCCGAGGCUAACUUUAGCCUCGAAAUGAGAACUUUGAGCCAGGUCAGGCAUCGAAACAUCAUAAGAAUGGGAGGUUACUGCAUUAAAGAUGGAUAUGGGUUCAUUGUAACUGACUUCAUGCCUGGAGGAACAUUAUUUGACGUCCUACACAGACAUGAACCCCGCGUGGUUUUGGACUGGGACACCCAAUAUCGCAUUGCUUUAGGUAUUGCACAAGGGCUUUCUUACCUUCACCAUGAUUGUCUGCCGCAAAUCAUUCACAGGGAUGUCAAAUCAGAUAAUGUUUUUAUGGAUUCUGAAUUGGAACCAAAGAUUGGAGAUUUUGGGAUGUCAAAAAUGCUUCUUGGUUCUGAUUCAAGCUCCACCAGGUCUAGAAUUGUAGGAACUCUCGGUUACAUGGCACCGGAAAAUGCAUACUCAACCCGGUUGACAGAGAAAGUCGAUGUAUACAGCUAUGGAGUCAUUCUGUUAGAGCUUGUUUGCAGAAAAUUGCCAGUAGAUCCCAGCUUUGAAGGAGGCCUGGAUAUCGUCUCCUGGACGAGGAAGAAGCUGCAAGAGAAUGAUGAAUGCGUUUGCUUCCUUGAUAGAGAAAUCAGUUUCUGGGAUAGAGAUGAGCAACAAAAGGCUUUGAAACUACUAGAACUGGCACUAGAGUGCACAGAACCAGUUGCUGAUAAGAGACCAUCCAUGAGAGAUGUAGUAGUUUUUCUUGUAAAAUUACAGGAUAAGCAUGAAAGAAGUGUAUAUAACAGAAAAAAUCCAACGGCCUUAGGUGGUUCUUCACUGCAGGAAAAGCAAGACAAUAAUUGGUGUACUGGUGCAAGUAGCCUGUCAUGUACUCAUGUUUAA